AUGUACGGUCAUGAGCGUCCUCCUAAGCAGAGGGCUGCUGAUCAGAGGAGCUUGGCAGAAAUGUUUCAGCCAGCGAAGAGAGUAUCCCAGGAGUGUAGAGAUGCGGCCACUAGUACAAGUGUUAACUGUAUCUCGGACGACAGUCAAAGUGGGGUUGCUGCUGGUGAGGACGAUGACAGUGUGCAGACAGUAAGUGACGGAGUUGGUAAUAUGAAGUCUGGAGGUGGUAGUCAGGACGUGGUUGCGACAACUGCAGAGGUUGUUAGUGAUAGUGACCAUGGAUCAUUCUUGGAGGCUGUAGCUACAGCCAUGGAAGGGAAAGCACUCAGUGAUGAGGACAAGGUGAAAGUGAUUGCUAGGAGAAAACCAAGCGAGCAGACAAUAUUGCCUUUUAGGAAGGAUUGGAAGAAUCUUAUUGCUGAUGCUGCUGAGCAUGAAUCUACCCAGUACCACAGAAAUGCUGCUGCCAAGUUGCUGGCAUUUCUUAGUACUGACAAGCACCCUUCUGAGAGGAUAGACCUGAUGCAGUCUCAAGCAGCUACAGAAAGGGUAUCUGCCAAUCGUUGUAUACUGUUGUCUGUUCUGAGGUGUUUAGAACUAGCUGCACGUGAAGGUGUAGCGCUGCGCGGUCACCGUGAUGACCUUACAUAUGAUCAUUCACCUCAAGGUAACUUCAUGGCGUUUGUGAAGUUUGCUAUCGAUUCUGGCGAUAUUGUCCUGAAGGAGCACCUUGAGUGUUGUUCUCGUAAUGCCACCUACAUGUCGAAAACUACCCAGAAUGACCUCAUGAAAUUGAUGGCAGAUGACAUAAUUCAGCAAAUAGUGGAUAAUGUAAAAAGUAGUCUGUUUUUUGCUGUGCUGGCAGAUGAAGUAAGAGAUGUAAGUGGGUGGGAGCAGUUGGCAGUGUCUCUUAGAUACAUGAAGGACAACAAGGCAGAAGAGAAGUUGAUUAAGUUCAUUGCUUGCAGCUUUGGGACAGGUAGUAGCAUCUGUGCUGAGAUACGGAAUGCCUUGAGGCAGCUUGGUCUUGAUGUAACACGUUGUCGAGCCCAGGCCUAUGAUGGUGCUGGUGCUAUGUCUGGCCACCUUAACGGUUGCCAGAAGAAUUUUCGAGACCACGUACCCCGGGCACAGUACUAUCACUGCUGCAGUCACCAACUGAACUUGGCGUUGACAAAGUCUUGUAAUGUGUCUGAAGUUCACUGCAUGCUUUCCGACUUGAAGGCUGUUGGGCUCUUCUUCAAGUACUCCCCAAAACGGCAACGUACAUUAGAGCAGAGUGUUGAACAAGAAAACACCAAGCGGACAUCUGCCGGUGAAAAGCCAAUCAGAGCUCAGAAGCUAAAGCUACUGUGUGAAACUCGCUGGGUAGAACGGCAUACUGCCUUAAAAGACUUCAGAGAUAUGUACUUUGCCUUAGUCCACUGCCUCCAAGUUAUUUCAGGCCAGAUCAUUGCCACUCCAACUGCUGCCUCUAAGUACGAUGCGAAGUCUGUCACUGAGGCAAAUGGCCUCCUCCGCUUGAUAACGUCAGAUUCAUUCAUCGUAGCUCUGCACUGCUGCACAUAUCUGUUCGGUUACACAAAGUGUCUGAGUGUUCUACUGCAAGGAUCGCAAUUGGAUGUGCUGGAGGCAUAUGGUGAAAUCAACCAAGUUCUAGGUCUGUUAGAAGAGAUCAGAAGUAACAGUGAGAGAGAAUUCUCUUCAAUUUUCGCCUCUGCAUCAGCAGUUACAUCCCGUGUCUUAGACCAAGAACAUCCACAAGUUCCUCGCUUAGCUGCACGACAGACACUACGCAGCAAUCAUCCUGCAUCAACUCCAGAGAGCUACUGGCGGAGAGCUGUCUUCAUUCCAUUCAUUGACAGCAUGAUCAGUGAACUUGGCAGUAGGUUCACUGACAUGAGCCAUGCAUCAGUGCAAGGACUGCUGCUCCUGCCAAAACACUGCCAGAGCCUCACUCCUCACCACCAGGCAGCUAUCCUGAAGGCUUAUGCUCCAGAUUUGCCUGAUGACCCAACUUUCGAGGCCGAGAUACGCCGAUGGAAGAGGAAGUGGGAGUAUGCAGGUGCUGCUACCUUACCAACCAGUGUUACAGAGACGCUGGGUGCCGUGAAUGAAGUGGCAUAUCCCAACAUUGUCUGCAUUCUUCGCCUGUUGUUGAUAAUACCCGUCACCACAGCCACAGUUGAAAGAGCGAACUCUGCACUAAAGCUGAUCAAAACAGACCUGCGGAGCACGAUGGCAGAAGACAGGCUAAAUGCGCUAGUGCUCAUGUUUGUCCACAAGGACUUGUCUGUCAACCAUGAGCGUGUGAUAGACUCUUUUGCGAAGGCAUAUCCGAGACGCUUGCUGUUCCUGGAUCCAACUGCUACAACAGAAGAAGCACAAUCACAGUGA